GUGCUGCGGCGAGCUCCGUCCAAAAGAAAAUGGGGUUUGGUGUAAAUCUGGGGGUGUAAUGUUAUCAUAUAUCACGCUACCUCGUAAAACCGACACUGAAAGCUGCCGGACAACAAAUCACAGGUCAAAAUUAUGAGUUCUUCGUAUUAUGUGAACGCGCUUUUUAGCAAAUAUACGGCGGGGGCUUCUCUGUUCCAAAAUGCCGAGCCGACUUCUUGCUCCUUUGCGCCCAACUCGCAGAGAAGCGGCUACGGGGCGGGAGCCGGUGCCUUCGCUUCGACCGUACCGGGUUUGUACAAUGUCAACAGCCCCCUCUAUCAGAGCCCCUUCGCGUCGGGCUACGGCCUAGGCGCCGACGCCUACGGCAACCUGCCCUGCGCCUCCUACGACCAAAACAUCCCCGGGCUCUGCAGUGACCUCGCCAAAGGCGCCUGCGACAAGGCGGACGAAGGCGCGCUGCACGGUCCGGCCGAGGCCAAUUUCCGCAUCUAUCCCUGGAUGCGGUCUUCAGGGCCCGACAGGAAGCGAGGCCGCCAGACCUACACUCGCUACCAGACGCUGGAGCUAGAGAAGGAAUUCCACUUCAACCGCUACCUGACACGGCGCCGCCGCAUCGAGAUCGCCCAUGCGCUCUGUCUCACCGAGCGCCAGAUCAAGAUCUGGUUCCAGAACCGCCGCAUGAAGUGGAAGAAAGAGCAUAAGGACGAGGGUCCGGCCGCUGCAGCAGCCCCCGAGGGCUCUGUGCCGGCUGCUGCAGCCACUGCCGCCACUGCCGACAAGGCCGACGAGGAGGACGACGAGGAAGAAGAGGACGACGAGGAAGAGGAAUGAGGGGCCGCCUAGUCAGGCCCUUGGCUGCACCAGACACUCGGAAAAGCGUCUUUAGAGACUCACCGAUUUUAUUUACAAAAGUGGGAAAAAUAAAA